AUGACGACGCGCCAGCCCCUCCAAGCUCUUCCCCCGCCGUCGGCCAACGUUAUCAACACCCGCUACGCCCACCUCCAGCGGCCGACCACCACCCGCAGCGCCAAUGGAAGCGCAGGGAUGGACGAGCAGAGAUACGCCCAGGAAGACGUGCAGGAUGCAGCUUCCGUCGGGUCUGCGCUGAGCGAUCUCGAAAACGAUGCCGAGGACGAAUUCGAGAAGCGCAUGAUUCAGAAUGCGCGCGACGAGCGGCGGCUGAACCAGGCGCUGGUCAGCAGACCGCAGGCUUUCCGGAAGGCACGCACGCACCCACGCGUCGGGCUGACUCUGGACAACCUGGAGAGAAACAACGCGGUAGCUGGGGCGGAUGGCCAUGUCAAAUUCGAGAGCCCGCCCAGCAGCACCGGGAGCGCGAGGAGCGACCCGGCGAUACAUGCGCCAGCUACAUGGGGGAGGAAGAGCAGGAGCAACCGGAACUGGAUGCGCACCAUCACGUACGAGGAAGAGCAGCAGCAGACACCCGCGCCGGCCGAUGACACAAUACACGACCACUACGAUGAAGCACAUGCAAACGUGCCGCGUCGCUCAGUCGAAGACAGCCCGCUCUCGCACAAGGGUACACCACGCAACGACCAGUCGCAAGAGUGGGACCUUACGUUCGAGCUCAACGAAGCCUCUAUGAUAGCAUCCACGCCUUACAUACCACGCAACACUGUGCUAGACGAUAUACGGCAGAGGGAGAUGGAGAGUGUAAAGGAGCAGGCAGCCACUGCCCGGCUGGAGAGAAUGCGCCAAGGGUCGCCCGAACAAUCGCGCCCGCGGACGUCUUCUAUACGGACGGUAGACACUGUAGAUAGCAGCGCGAGAAUAACAGAGCAGGUGACACAGCCAGCUCCUUCGCCGAAGCGGAGACUGCGCACGCGGACCCAUUCGUGGCAGUCCAUUGGGAAGGCGCAGCCGGUCACGGGCAUCGGCAUGGAAGAUCCGCCAGUUGCCAUGUACAAGAGUGCCGAGAACAUAGCUGCAGUAGAUCGCGAAGCAGUCGCCACGGCCCAGCCUGUCCCUCCAAGACGCAUACCGAACCGAAGAGAAGACUCGCAGGAUCUGUUGCGGCGGCUCGCGAGAGUCUCCAAUACACCAAGCCCGAGACAGACAGCACCAUCCAGACCGGAAUCUGCGCCCCCGGCACCGCUCGACAGCGCACCGCAGACUGUGCUGACCGAGACUACGCAAUCUGAAAGCAAACCCGCCUCUGUGGAGGAGACGCCUGUCUCUGCCGAGGUUCCUGAUGCGGCAGCAGCGACCUCGACCGUGCGGCAAGAGCACACUGAAUCCAAGGAAGCUGCGGCAAGGACCGAGCAGGUGGAAGCUACACCAAUGCCGAAAGAGCGACCCGCCCUGAACCCAAAGACGCCAGUGGUGACUGGUGCUUGGGUCGAUACACCAGGCCCGCGUACAGUACAAAGACCUGCCGUGGCGUCAAGAUCGCGUUCACUUUCGCCCAAGAAAGGCAGUCCGCGCAAGCAAAGACCGUCUGAGAAGGCCGAAGAGCCAUCCGAAGCCAUGCCCGUAGAGCCUGUUCGCCCUCAACUUCCAAAGUCUGCAUUGCAGGCUCUCGUAGACGAAGCCAAAUCUCAAGGCAGACGGCCAUCAGCCGACUUCGGCGAUUCGACCAUCAACUCACUCGAAGAUCUCAUCGCUCCGUCAGGUGAAAGCCAAAUAGACGAAGACACUCUUCAAGGCCUUCAGCUACCGACUGAGACUCCUCGGAAUGAGGCAGAGCGCCAGCGACAGCAAGAGCUGUUACAUCUCCACCGCAUGAACGACCGCCUUCGCGCAGCGCGGACCAGCAUUCGCGAUGCAAGCCGCGGCAUGAAGCGCGUCGAAGACCAAGUCGAGCACGUAGAAGAGGGCGAGAAUGGCGAAAAAGUCAAAGUCGUGAGUCGUGCAUGCCCUUGCGCGGUAGACGACCAUGUCCAGCACUUUUCCAUGUUGAGAUGGUGGAAAAGUCUGUUCUGGCAGCAACGAUUGAAGACCCUGCGGCGGACAUCGAACAGUUGGGGGAGAGCGUGGGGCGGCCUCACAGGCUUGAGUAUCUUCUUGAUAGUCCUUUUCACUUGGUGGAUAAGUGAAGAGAUUGCUUGCGUCAACAUGAAGGCUCCCAAGUUCCCCUUUGUCAUACCCACACUCAUCUACCGGACCUUUGUUCAAGGCUGGUGGGUACCAAUAUCGUCCUUCUUUUCUUGGAUUGCCGCCACCAUGUGGAGUUUAUUCUUUGGUUUCGAAGAGGCGCAGGCCGUUAAUUACAGUGCCAGCCAGACUAUCAAAGCUGGGAGCACCAUGAGGGAAAGCCACUGGAUUAGCGAUGAGGCGGCCAAACUUAUGGAGGAGAAGGGCUGGGACCACAGCAUGUUUGAAGACGAGAUUUUGCCCGGGGGCAGGUGA